AAGCCCCGUGACUUCUGCUUUAGGGGCAGAUUGCUGGGGAGCUAGUCUCCUUCCCCGCACUUUGCAGUUCACCCUUUCACCGGGUGCCUCCCCCGGGCUGCAAAGGGUGGGGGGCGGGGGUAGGGGGAGCCAAUCCCGGCAGCGCCAAAGAGGGGAGGAGGCGGUGACAGCCGCGGGGAGGGGGCGGGAGGAGAGAGGCGUCUCGGCUCGGCUCCGCGCUCAGCUCCGCUCUGCCUCCGGCUCUGCCUCCGGCUCUGCGCUCACCUGCUGCCUAGUGUUCCCUCUCCCGCUCCAGGACCUCCGGGUAGACCUCAGACCCCGGGUCCAUUCCCAGACUCAGCCUCAGCCCGGACUUCCCCAGCCCCGACAGCACAGUAGGCCGCCAGGGGGCGCCGUGUGAGCGCCCUAUCCCGGCCACCCGGCGCCCCCUCCCACGGCCCGGGCGGGAGCGGGGCGCCGGGGGCCAUGCGGGGCCAGGGCCGCAAGGAGAGUUUGUCCGAUUCCCGAGACCUGGACGGCUCCUACGACCAGCUCACGGACAGCGUGGACGAUGAAUUUGAAUUGUCCACCGUGUGUCACCGGCCUGAGGGUCUGGAGCAGCUGCAGGAGCAAACCAAAUUCACGCGCAAGGAGUUGCAGGUCCUGUACCGGGGCUUCAAGAACGAAUGUCCCAGCGGAAUUGUCAAUGAGGAGAACUUCAAGCAGAUUUACUCCCAGUUCUUUCCUCAAGGAGACUCCAGCACCUAUGCCACUUUUCUCUUCAAUGCCUUUGACACCAACCAUGAUGGCUCGGUCAGUUUUGAGGACUUUGUGGCUGGUUUGUCCGUGAUUCUUCGGGGAACUGUAGAUGACAGGCUUAAUUGGGCCUUCAACCUGUAUGACCUUAACAAGGACGGCUGCAUCACCAAGGAGGAAAUGCUUGACAUCAUGAAGUCCAUCUAUGACAUGAUGGGCAAGUACACGUACCCUGCACUCCGGGAGGAGGCCCCAAGGGAACACGUGGAGAGCUUCUUCCAGAAGAUGGACAGAAACAAGGAUGGUGUGGUGACCAUUGAGGAAUUCAUUGAGUCUUGUCAAAAGGAUGAGAACAUCAUGAGGUCCAUGCAGCUCUUUGACAAUGUCAUCUAGCCCCCAGGAGAGGGGGUCAGUGUUUCCUGGGGGGACCAUGCUCUAACCCUAGUCCAGGCAGACCUCACCCUUCUCUUCCCAGGUCUAUCCUCAUCCUAGGCCUCCCUGGGGGCUGGAGGGAUCCAAGAGCUUGGGGAUUCAGUAGUCCAGAUCUCUGGAGCUGAAGGGGCCAGAGAGUGGGCAGAGUGCAUCUCGGGGGGUGUUCCCAACUCCCACCAGCUCUCACCCCCUUCCUGCCUGACACCCAGUGUUGAGAGUGCCCCUCCUGUAGGAAUUGAGCGGUUCCCCACCUCCUACCCCUACUCUAGAAACACACUAGACAGAUGUCUCCUGCUAUGGUGCUUCCCCCAUCCCUGAUCUCAUAAACAUUUCCCCUAAGACUCCCCUCUCAGAGAGAAUGCUCCAUUCUUGGCACUGGCUGGCUUCUCAGACCAGCCAUUGAGAGCCCUGUGGGAGGGGGACAAGAAUGUAUUGGGAGAAAUCUUGGGCCUGAGUCAAUGGAUAGGUCCUAGGAGGUGGCUGGGGUUGAGAAUAGAAGGGCCUGGACAGAUUAUGAUUGCUCAGGCAUACCAGGUUAUAGCUCCAAGUUCCACAGGUCUGCUACCACAGGCCAUCAAAAUAUAAGUUUCCAGGCUUUGCAGAAGACCUUGUCUCCUUAGAAAUGCCCCAGAAAUUUUCCACACCCUCCUCGGUAUCCAUGGAGAGCCUGGGGCCAGAUAUCUGGCUCAUCUCUGGCAUUGCUUCCUCUCCUUCCUUCCUGCAUGUGUUGGUGGUGGUUGUGGUGGGGGAAUGUGGAUGGGGGAUGUCCUGGCUGAUGCCUGCCAAAAUUUCAUCCCACCCUCCUUGCUUAUCGUCCCUGUUUUGAGGGCUAUGACUUGAGUUUUUGUUUCCCAUGUUCUCUAUAGACUUGGGACCUUCCUGAACUUGGGGCCUAUCACUCCCCACAGUGGAUGCCUUAGAAGGGAGAGGGAAGGAGGGAGGCAGGCAUAGCAUCUGAACCCAGUGUGGGGGCAUUCACUAGAAUCUUCAAUCAACCUGGGCUCUCCCCACGCCCCCCAGAUAACCUCCUCAGUUCCCUAGGGUCUCUUCUUGCUUGACUCAAUCUACCCAGAGAUGCCCCUUAGCACACCUAGAGGGCAGGGACCAUAGGACCCAGGUUCCAACCCCAUUGUCAGCACCCCAGCCAUGCGGCCACCCCUUAGCACACCUGCUCGUCCCAUUCAGCUUACCCUCCCAGUCGGCCAGAAUCUGAGGGGAGGGCCCCCAGAGAGCCCCCUUCCCCAUCAGAAGACUGUUGACUGCUUUGCAUUUUGGGCUCUUCUAUAUAUUUUGUAAAAUAAGAAAUAUACCAGAUCUAAUAAAACACAAUGGCUAUGCA